AUGGAGAACAUAAUGCAGGAACUGGGAGGUUGUUUAUGGUUUGAUAACAUUGUUUAUGCUAAUUUUGUAGAUCUAAUAAUGCAAAGUGAAAGCCAAGUUGUGGAUAAGGUUUUAUCUUCGUAUGAAAAUGAUGAAGAAGAGUAUAAUUGCUUUGGUGGAGAUGAAGAAAACCAAGAUUUUGUGGAGGAUGAAGGAGAAGAUGGAAAGCAAGAUGAUGAGCAGAUAAAUGAUGCCAUCGCUCAAAAGCGAGGGGAAGGUAUUGUGGGUCCAGAUGAGAAUGAUGAGCUUUGUCCAUUUGUUGGCAUGGAAUUCGCAACCCAAGAUGAGGCACAUGUCUUCUAUAUUCGUUAUGCUAGAAAGAUGGGAUUCAGUACUCGAAAACAUUCAACUUCUAAAUCCCAACGUACUGGCAAAGUAAUAGGCCGUUGUUUCUGUUGUUCCCAUCAAGGAUACAGUAAUUCCAAAACCAUCAGAGUUGAAGACAAGAAAAAACCACGCCCAGAAUCAAGAACAGGGUGCAAGGCAAUGAUGUGGAUAAGAAGAAAAAAAGGAGAUAGAUGGGUCGUAAGUCAGAUUAUAAAAGAGCAUAACCAUGUUUUGGCAUCUCCAAGCACCAGGAACAACCCUCAUCCUCACCGAAUAAUAACUGAAGAUCAGGGGGAGGUUGUUCAAAACAUGCAUUCAUGUGGACUUCGAACUAAUCUCAUGAUGAACUUUAUGCAUCUUGAAACUGGGGGAAGUCACCAUGUUGACUUUACUUUAAGAGAGACAAGAAAUUUUUUGAGUAAGAGACGGCAAAGAGAGCUUCCAAAGGGAGAUAUAGAAAUCAUACUUGAUUACUUUGACUGUCAACGAACAAAAAAUCCUUUAUUCUUCUAUUCAAUUCAAGUUGAUUCAGAUGGUCAGAUGACAAACUUUUUUUGGGCUGAUGCUAGGUCAAGGAUGGACUGCCAUCUUUUUGGUGAUGUGGUUUGUGUUGACCCAACAUAUGGCACAAGUAGGUACAACAUGCCUUUUGUCCCAGUUGUUGGAAUUAAUCAUCAUCAUCAAACUAUGUUAUUUGGUGCUGCAUUACUUUUUGAUGGAACAGAAGAGUCAUUUGUGUGGUUGUUGGAAACAUUUAUGAGGGCCAUUGGUGGCCAGCAUCCCAAAGUAAUAUUUACUGACCAAGAAUCAGCAAUUGGAGGUGCAAUAAAUCGUGUUUUUCCAGGUACACAUCAUCGGUUUUGUUUAUGGAACAUAAUGGGAAAUGCUGCUAACUACAUGCCACGUAUAUUUAAUGCACAUAGUGGGUUUGCUCGUGACUUCGAGAAUUGCUUGUGUGGUGGUGAGACAGAUGAGGAGUUUGAGUCUAAAUGGGAAGGGAUGCUUUUGAGAUAUGGCUUAAGGGGAAAUAUAUGGCUCAUGAGAUUGUAUGAAAAGCGAGAGAAGUGGGCAUGGAUUUAUACACGUGAUAUAUUUUGUGCAUCCAUGUACACCACUCAUCAUAUUGAAAGCAUAAAUGCUUACUUUGAUAGAUAUCUGAAAAGGAAUAUGCCUUUAAGUGAAUUUUUAAAGCACUAUGAUAAGGCUGUCAUAGCUCGGAGAAAAGUAGAAGAUGAUGAAGAUCUUGAGACCAACCAUAAGAAGCCAGUUUUGAGGGUUGGCAUGGAUAUUGAAGAAGAGGCAGCUAAAGUUUAUACAAGAACCAUUUUUCGGAAGUUUCAAGAGGAGUUAGUUCAAGGUCUUAAUUACCGUCAUGAAAAAAUUGAGGAAAAUGGACCAAAUUUCACUUAUGGCGUGUGGAAAAGGGAACAAGAACAGGCUAGGUGCAUUGUCACAUUUGAUAUCUCCCACAGUAAUGCCAAGUGUAGCUGCCAGCUGUUUGAACGAGCUGGCUACCUGUGUAGACACAUACUGAAGAUAUUUUUGGUUGCAGAUGUUCAUAAUAUUCCUACUCAAUACAUAUUAAAAAGGUGGAUGAGAGAUGUGAAAUCAGAACCUCUAGUGAACGACCAGGGUGAAGAAGUACGAUUUGGAUGUUAUAACCUUAUGUCAAUUCGAUACUCUAAUCUUUACUGUGAAGUACUCAACAUUGCAUCAAAGGCUGCUGUGACUGAUGAAGUGUACAGGAUUGCAGUGAAUGGGCUACAUACUGCGUUACAAGAAGUCGAAAUUGCAUUGCAAAAGGUAUCGCUUGGUCCCAUAGAGCACUCAAAGGAAAUUGAAAGCACACAUGAAAACAUUGGUCAAGGGCCACAAAAUGUUAGGGUUACCUCUUGGAUUGGCAACUGGCCUGAGCUAGAUAACGUGUGA